UAAGCUGCACUUCUGUCAAUACCAGGAUAGCACAAGCCAAGAUGGUUUCCUCCUAGUAAGCACUCUCCAGAUUUAAUGAAUGCAUUAAAUCCCCUCGUUCCAGACCGGACCCAACAAGAGGCUCAACAGAGGAGCACUGCAGACCAGGAUUUAUAGAGCAGAUAUUUACUAUCCACAGACAAGAUACGAAGGACUCGUCUGACACCUGUAGGAAAUGAUUGGGUUGGUCAUUGUUCUGCUGCAAAUCUGUACAGCAAGGGCAGUGAUUUUCAGUAAACAGCUGUCUGCAGCUACAGAACAAGACUAUACAUGUAAGCUGCGGAUUUGUAGAAUAUGUACAGUUCCUCCUCCACCCCCACCAUUUCCUCCAUUCAGUCAGCGGGAUGUACUCAUGACUCUGGGCAUUUCCCAGGUCGAUUUAACAGAGUAUCUAACUGGACCCAAAGGUGACAAGGGAGAGAGGGGACUGAAGGGGCAGAUGGGCCAAACUGGUGAAAUAGGGCCACAGGGAAUCCCAGGAGCCCCAGGUGUGAUUGGUUCACCAGGACAAAAGGGUGAGAGAGGAGCGAGAGGUUGGAUGGGGGCUCCUGGUGAGGACGGACUUCCUGGGACAUACAAAGGUGUGAGAGGAUAUAGAGGCAUCAGUGGAAAGAAAGGGUUAAAAGGUGAACCAGGAACUCCAGGUGAAAAGGGAAAUCCAGGCUACUCUGGCCAGAAAGGAGAAAAGGGUGAAACGGGUCUAAAGGGUUCCACUGGUCUGAAAGGCUUGGAUGGACUAAGAGGAGUUCCUGGAACCAGAGGCAAAUUUGGGAUUAAAGGUAACGCUGGGCGACGAGGGGAAGCUGGCUAUCGGGGUACACUGGGAAGACCAGGAUCAACAGGACAACCUGGAGAACAGGGACAAGUAUAUUUAAUCCCUGGGCAUAAAGGUGCAAAAGGAACAAUGGGUCCAUCGGUAGAGUGUAACUGCUCUGGGCCAAAUUUCGUUGAGAGAAAUCCCACGACAAAUGCUCAACAUGCAGAAAAUGUGCCUCAGAUCUAUAUUGUGGACAGUGAGGAGGAUAUGUCUGAGUUUACAAAAGAGAAUAUGAUUGUUCUAAGAAGAGACACUCACACACUUCAUGUCUUCUCCGGUUCUGGGUGGACCAGAGUCCAGGGAUAUACUUCGUCAUAGACCAUCUCACUUGCUGAAGGAUGUGUAUACAUUUUUAAACAGGCUUGUUUUAAGAAAGUGAUGGCUGCACAAACUACAAAUGAACACAUGUGAAUUAAUAUAUCUAGACAUUUGCAUCAGACUACUCAUAUACUGCAGCAUAUUUGUGUACAGCAUGGUUUACAUACUCUAUACAUAUCUGUGCACCAGGAAUCACAUUCUCUUACUCCUUGUUUAUUACUUUAUACAGUUAGCAUAUGUAAAUUUUAUGUUUGUACAUGUUCCUCAUUCAUCACCAGAUGUUGAGAUGCAAAAAAUACAGAGCUGAUUAAAAUGUCA